AGUUUUCUAAAUUUGUUUGAUUUUUUUAUCAUUUAUAAAAAAAAAUAAGAUAGAAAUAAUAAACGCAAAAUGUUUUGGGGUUUAAGUGAAGCAAUCGAUUUGUUUAAUGAAUAUAUCAAUAUUUUCAAAAAUCAGGAUGAAAACUCGGGACAAAAUUGCGAAGGAAAUGCAGCCGGAAACCAUAACAUUAAUAACAAACAAUUAAAAGAGGAGAUAAAUAUAUUGCUAUUUGGUGCAAAUGAUCCUCGGCACAUAAUUAAGACAAUGGCAAAAGUCUACCACCACAAGUCGAAGGGAAUGACACCAAUUUUAAACUUCUAUCUUGUCGAUGGCUGUACCGAGGUAGUGGCACGUAAUAUGGUUUUGCUUGCUAUAGCACUGGAAAGUCCUGAAAUUUUAAAUCUUCGAACCAAAGUCCAUUUAUUUAUGGAUAUAUAUGGAAAUUCGUUAAUGAGGGCUUCAUCUUAUCAUUAUUUGGUGAUUAAGGCAAAGGCUUUGCUGAAGGCUGUCACAGACUAUGAGUAUCUAGAAAAACUGACACCAAUGUUAAAUAUUGAUCGCAUGAAAUAUCGGGAACGCGAUGGCUUAGAAACUGCUUUCGAAUUUUGGUUGUCUAAGGAGACAAAUAUUUUCAAAAUACAAGAAUAUUGGAAUGUUCGACUAAGAAAACUAAUGGGAACGCGAUAUGACUACCGAGAAGGCCAAUUUGAUUGGGAUCUUAACAUGGUAUUAAAAGAACGCAAAGGAAAGCAAAUAUGCUCACAGGAAUAUAGGUAUUGGCGUGAAACUGGUAUCGCUUUUACAUUUCCUGAAUAUGAAUAUAGCAAACAAAAUAAAACACUCUCAACUGGAUUAGUUCGCAAUGGUGACAAAUUUAUUCAUCGAGGAUAUAUUGGUGAUAUUCAAACCGGUCCCUUUGCGGCGUUUGGCUUAAAAACAAACUAUGAACGUAUGAAUAAAUCGGUACAUGGUGAAAAUGAUUACCGUUCAACGGAUAUCACUGAACGUAAUCUAUUGGAAUUAUUUCAUGAGUUAGCAACACAAACUCCAUACAAACAUGAUGCAAGUCAGUCGCGGAAAUACGGUUCAAUACGACUUAAAAUGGGCAAGCGCUUGACACACAAUGAGUUUGAUACAGAAACUAUAAAGGAUUACAAUAAACCUUGGAUUUUUAUUGGCGGAAUUAAGAUUAAUUUCUUGUCGUCCGAUGACAUUUUAACACUACAGCAAAAUGUAUCCGGCCAAUGGUCAAAGUUUUUCGAUGUAGCUUUUGUUGGACAUAAUUAUUUUACAUUUCUCCAAGAUAACUUUGUCAAUGUUUUAAGUUCGCAAUCCCUUUUAAUAUUAGAGUCGAAAUUGUUGUCAACUGCUCGAAAAGAGGACAUAAAUAACUUCGAAGAGAAACUUUUUAAUUAUGCUAAACGAAAUAAUUUUCAAAAUGUCAACAACUACAACGCGUUCAAUAUUAAGAAUUUAUUUAUAAAAUUUAAAAGCAGCUUUGAUUGAUCUAAAUAGUAAUUUUUGAAUUUUAUAUAUUAAAGCAAACAUUUUUCAAAAAAAAAAAAAUC